GCGAGGAUGGCUCCCGUUAACCCACAUUCUCAUCCGCCCGGCCGCUCCGAGAGGUGCGUUAUAAACGCUACGUUUUCCCCACUGCCGCGACGACGCACUUUCUCUCGGCGGCCGCGGCGCGUUGAUCGGCAGCCCUCGUGCUCGGCCGCAGGGUCGACGAGCUCCUCACUUGCGUUGCCGAUACGAGAACGCGAAGUGUCUCAAUCGUUGCGUUCUUUCCGAUUCCUGGGCCGUAGUCCCGUAGCUGGAAACAUUUAGAAAGAAAGGAACAAAGACGUGUUAGGCAUUAAAGGGGGCUGCGUGUUGAGGGAUGUGGACAGAGGGACUUCGGUCUUGGCUUCUCGUUGUGAUUGCCGCGUGUCUGCUGGUCAGCGCACCGUUCGUCGACGCAGCGUUCAGGAGGAGCUGCCGCUGCGGCCGGCAGUUGGUGCGCCGCAGCCGCAUCGUGGGAGGCCGAGACGCCUACGACGGCGAGUUUCCCUGGAUUGUAUCGUUGAGAAUAAAUGGGCAGCAUGAGUGCGGUGGCACAAUUAUCGGAAAACGGUGGAUACUUACAGCGGCCCACUGCCUGCAAAGGGCCACUUUGCGGAACUUGCGAGUCCGUGUGGGCGAGUACCACUUGUACCAGGCGGAGUUGGGCCACUCGUCACUGGACCUGGCACCAGAGAAGUUGCUGCUGCACCCCAUGUUCGGCCAGCCGAAAAGGCUUAGCAACGACAUCGGCCUGCUGCGACUCGCCUCGGACAUCCCGCUGGGCGAGUUCGCCGUGCCGGCCUGCCUACCGUCGGCCUCCGACAGGAGCCUCUACGCCUCCGGCAAGAACGGCACCGUUGCCGGCUGGGGAUACGUCCGGGAACUGCGGCUCGACUCCUUUAAGGACGAGAGCCUGAGUACAUACAUGACGGACGUGCUCCAGAAGGUGGAAGUGCAGCUUAUGAGCAACGGCCAGUGCAAUGGACUCUACAUCGAGGCGAAAAAGUCCAUCCGGGUCGCCAGGGAGCAGCUCUGCGCUGGGCACAAAGAAGGCAAGAAGGAUGCCUGCACGGGUGACUCUGGCGGGCCCUUGAUGGUCCUGGCAGAUAACACGUACGUUGUCAUCGGCGUCGUAUCCGGUGGCAUUGGCUGCGCUCGGCCGCUGCUCCCGGGACUGUACACUCGCAUCACAUCCUACAUGCCGUGGAUAAUGAGUCACCUGAGGAGCAGCCGCUAGUGGCCUACCAGUCCGUAGUACGAACAACAAGGAAACUGCGCUCAGCAUUGACUGAUGUUGUUUUUAUGCAGAUCCCUUAGAGCACAUUGCUGUUGCCAAAGAAUUCAAAUAUCUUAAGCUAUUUAUUGCAGUGUUUUGAGUUAGAGUGUUUUAUGAAUAAUGUUUACAAAAGCUCGCCAUGUCGUGAAAGCAUUGUUAAACAAGAACUGAUCGUAUAGGGAAAAGUAGCGUGAACGUAGCACAAGAAAAACAACAAUCUUGGCUGAUGUCGCAAACCUCGCAGUCCGCAGAAAAGUUUGCUUAUUCCCUGACAUUAAACAAACAUGAAGCUCAGAAAUGUAGGAAAAGAAGGCGAAUGAGUCAACAUGUCUAGGCUUAACAAUGAGUAUGCAAGCUGAACAUGGUGGAUGUUUUAGAACCGAUAUUAAGGUGCAUAAAAAGGACAUCCAACUAAUAGAAGCGUUGGACUAUGCAAUCAACUUCAAGGGUGUUUAAAUAAAGUGCCGCUUUCACAUGGAUGAAUCUAGCUUGAUAAAGGCAUGUCCUCCUUGUUUAACAUGUGUUUUCCCCGUAGCCUGCCUGCAUCAUACUAAUUAAGGGCAGUUAUACAGCAGUCAAUGAAGAUUAUCUAGGCUUGAAAUGGUGUUUCUAGCGAAUGUGCAUAGUAUAACGUUACUCUAGGUGUUCCCGAAGAAUCAGCAAUUCUUGCUCUUCAGCAUCUGUUCAGCAUCUGUCUUCCGAAAAGCCUUAUGUUUGUGUUUUGUUUAAUAUUCUUCGGCACCUACUUUCUUUCAUCGCUGUUAUUCUUUCAUAUUUUUGAGCAAAUGUCUGUGUACAAAGCGUGCAAUUCGCGAGAUACCUCAUUUAUGCUUCGGCAAGAACCCUUGUGUGUUUUGUACAGUCCAAUAACACCCAUUGUCAUUGUAUGUGUGUAUGUGUGUGAAGAAACUAACAUUUUAUUGCUUUAUCUCAUACCUUUGAUUUCAAUGCUUCCAUCUUCUUCUUCACAUCAAUCAUGUCAUCUAGCAGAAGUUAGCAUACCUUUUAAACAUUACCUGUUUGAUCUCAGACCACUACAUCAACAAAUAUUACUGGAAGCCUCCUUUAUCAAUAAACAUGAGCGCAUGUAUUUGGUCCAUAUAUGCAACGUUUAUAUAAAAUAACAGAAAGCAUGUGAGUGAAAUGAAGACGGGGGGGGGGGGGAGACUUCAGAAGUAAUGCCGCAAAUUAAGUAACCGAAUGUUGUUGCAUCACGAAAUGGCAGGCCACAGUCAUGCACAUUUGAAUAAAAGGCUACUAUGGGUGAUAAUAUAAAUGUUAUUACCCAUAGGUAGGCUUUUUAUGUAGGUAUAUUGGACUUGAUACUUUUAAAACUUUCUCGUAUGCCUCGGCAGUAAACUUCCAAGCCUCCAAGUGUUCCACUUCAAUAUUCCUAAUUAAACCUAGAGAUCUAAUUGGGUUCUUUAAAUUAAGCAUUUGUGCCCUAUUUUACCACUGCAUGUGUACGUAAAGUCCAUCUCAACUUUUCCCAACUUUGUAUUUUUAUUUCAAAAUAACAUUUGCAGUGGGCCAUUACUUCUGCUUCAACCUAUUUAUUUGCUAUUUUUGGCGGGAAUAUUGCAUUUAGGAUUAUGUGCGUUACCACGUCCAUCACAUGAAACACAUAAAACAAUGUCUCGGAAUUUAUUUUGACAACAAAGAAAUUAAAGUGGACAAGCGUUUUUCGGGAUGAAGAAUGUGGAUACGCACAUUGUUGAGGCUGUAUUUGCAAAAUGUCUUGAUCAAUGUGUUUUUAUUUCGAAAUGUUUUUGUCAAUCGGUGCACGAGAGUAUCCCUAAAGACUUAGUACAACGAACUCCAAUACGUGUUUAUAUUUUUUUAUAAUACGAUAAUUUUUCAUGUCGAAACAAAAAUGCACGGGUGAUAUGCGUGUGAAACAUUUCGAAUUCAUUCCUAACUGAAAAUCGUGUUUUAUUGCAUAAGGUGAUCACUUCAAGUUAAUUUCAUAGUUUGUUUGUGCUGAAGUUUGCUGCAGCUACAAUAAAAGUGAUUCCAAUUCGUACAACAAAA